AUGUGGCUGGGGAAAAGGCCUGAGUAUGAGAUUUUUAUUUUGGGGACAAUACGGGAUGAGAUGAAGAAGAUCGAAAAUCAGGAUGUGUUUCGAUCAGACUUCGAUAUAUUAUGCUCUUUUCAAGCCUAUCUCCUAUACUUCAUGGCCUUACACUUUUUUCCCAUGGCCGAUUCCACGGAAGCAGUAUCCCCACACGACCCUCAAAUCCAAAUCAAGAUGCAGGAGAUAGCUUUUCGAACCGCUCAGCCGGGCCUGUUGUGCAAGGAAGAGCAAUAUAGCACUCGACCGGCCUGGGAAUCCUGGAUAGUGGCCUCCUCCAAGCGCCGGACCCUUUUCGCCAUGUAUCUCUUUACCAGUGUUUACAACAGCCAGGUAGGUCUUCCAAAUUUUAUCGCAGAAGAAUUACGGGGUGUCAUUGUCCCCGAAAGUAAGAUACUCUGGGAAGCACGCGGCCGUGGAAACUGGGAGAAAGAAUACAAUCUUCACUUGUCUCGCUGGCCAGAUGGAAUGCUGGAGAUUUCCGAGCUUUGGAAGUCUGCUGAGACUAGUACGGAUGCUCGACGUGAAAGGAUUGAGCGGUGGUUACAAUAUACGGAUGAGUUCGGCUUUAUGCUUUUUUCUACCUGCGCGCAUAUCCAUGGAUGCUAG